AUGGCUACAACUACCGCGUCAAGACAGGCCUCACAUCCCUCAAGGCGAACAAAUCAAUCCGUCUCAUCCAACGCCUCUGCUUCGUCUUCGCGCAGCGAACGAUCACGCCCACCACCUAAUCCAGCCGUCGAAUCCGCCGUUACGCGGCUUCUGGUCUCCAUCAAAGUCCUCCUCGAGUCUCUCACACAAUGGAGCAAGCAGAUUGUCGACGAAAACUAUGUCAGCGACGUCUAUGUCCGCCUCGGAAACGACUUUAACUCGGCUGUGGCGGCGUUCGGGGCGUUUAGCAUCGAUAUGAACGAGCUCUCGUCCGUCCCAGACGACCUCCGCGAAAUCCUCGAGAUGUGCCUAUCUGAAGACGCCAAUCCGGAGAAUCUGGAAAAAUUCCUGCCCCGAGUGCGCAAGAUUAUCACCCAGCUGUUACAAGGUCUUCGUGCGAAGCAGUCCAUAUACCGGCGCAUCGUACAAGAUCACAAGCAGCGCCCCGACGGAGGCAGUGAUCGGGACUCGCGCUCGUCGCGUUCGGAACGCGUCAGAGAGGAGAGCGUGCCGCCCCGUCCGUCCUCGCGCGGCCCGAACGACACCCCGGCGCGCAGCAAGACGCCUUCGUCGCGGCGAAAGCCGUCCAGCUCGGAGAACGUACUCCCACCCGUGCCAAAUGGGACAUCGGAGCAGCCCUUCGUCGGCGGGUUUGCGGCUCCUCCGACCAUAGCGAGCGCACUCAGCGCGGACAGCGAAAAUGUACGCCAACGGUCAUCGACACCCGCGCAGCCGCGUCCUUCGAUGGCCCAGGCGAACAGUUUCCCUCUGCCCCGCGCGUAUUCUACCUCCUCGGCCGACCCGAUGUUUCCCCGCGACCCACGACAACAGACGAACGGCUUCGCGUCUCCCGAGCCACCCCAACCACGGCCACCCUCAGUUCAGGCUCCCGUUCCCGGGCACGUCAGGCGCUUCUCGUUGGUCGACGGACCUGUGCCUCCACCCCCUGCUGUGCUCGUCAAUGACGCCACGCCUGUGUCUCCGCCUCCUCCCGAGGACAUCUCAGUGCCCGGCACACCCUCAACGGAGAACACCCCCAUGGAGCCGCCUCCACCCGCGGUGCAGAACUCGCUCGCGGCGCUCAAGAAAGCGGAGGCGCUCGAACGUCGGGCGAGCAAGCGUUUCUCGACGUACAAUAUCUCGAAGAUGACGGGGGUACGCGACCGAGGCGGAGGUGGUAGUAGUAGCGGUGGCGGGAAUCGUCGCUCGCUGAUCGCCACCGCGGGGGCGCUCACGCCGGGAGAUCUCGCAGCGCUGGCCGAGGAGGGCGACACCGCAAGUCCGCGCAAGAGCCGCGACCGGAAUCGGAGCCAGCGCCGCGGCAAUCCUCCGUCGAUCGUCGAGGGCGAGGAACCACCACCUGUUCCACCACUUCCACCCAAGUCGGUGUCGCCGCAGCCCGGUGCCGAGUCUGACGCGGCGGGGCGUUCGACACCCCAGCUGCCAGAGAUUGGCGAGACAACGAAGGUGGCGGCAUCUACUCCAGAAGUGCGGAUAUCGACCGCGGAGUCAACCGAGAGCGCCGACUCAACAGGCAAGCCCUUCCCGGUGUUCUUGCAGGUCGGGCGGGAAGUCAAGAAGGUCGUCAUCGAGCCAGGCCUUUCGCUUGCGAACUUGCGACUGCUGUUCGUGGACAAGUUCUCGUACAGCCCCGGACAGGACAACUUCCCCGCGAUCUACAUCCGUGACCUAUCAAGUGGAGUGCAGUACGAGCUGGAGGAUGUCGACGAGGUGAAGGAGAAGGUCAUGCUAUCACUGAACAUCGAACCGCUCGACCAGAUCAAGCAGCACAUCGACGUGCAGAUAUCGUCGCUGCAGCAGGACAUCAAAGAUCUGCGCACGGCCGUCGUCAGCAAUCGUCGACAGUCUACCAUCAUCACCCAGCCCCUCGCGGAAAGCACACCUAUCGCGCCGCGGCCGUCAGAACAGCGCUUCCGCGAUGUCGCUCGUCGGAUAUCGCGGCUCAUCCCCGAGAACUCCGCCCCUCACAUCGUGGGUCGCUCGCCGAGCCCUGCCCCCAUCGAGCCGCAGUGGACAGGCUCGACGAUGCUCCAGAUGCAGUACACCGGGUCGACGCUGCAGCCGCAGAUGACGGGCGCGUCCGAGUACACGACACGGGUGGUGAGCGACCUGAAGACGCAGUUCGACGAGGUGCAAAACCUGCGACGCGACCUGGGCAUCAUGCGGCAGCUGUAUACCGAGUUCAUGAAGCAGACGAAAGAGAGCCUUGGGACGCUGCGGCAGCAGACGCAGACGGUGAAGCAGCUGUCGACGCAGCAGGUCGGCGGCGCGCGCGCGUACAUCGACACGGGCAAGGGCAAGCUGGACACGCGCUCGCAGAACGUGCUGACGCGGAUGGAGGAGCUGCAGGACACGGUGGAGAACAUCAAGGACGACGUGCUGAAGCGGAACGUGUCCCCGAAAGCGUUCCUGCUGAAGAACGUCAAGGGCGACAUCGACGCGGUCGCGGGGGAGCUGCAGAGCCUCAAGGACCACAUCCAGACUAUCAAGCCGAUGUGGAAGAAGACGUGGGAGGAGGAGCUGCAGAACAUCGUUGAGGAGCAGCAGUUCCUGCAGCACCAGGAGGAGUUCCUGGAGGACCUGUUCGAGGACCACAAGGCGGUGCUGGAGGUGUUCGGGCACGUCGAGAAGGUGAUCUCGCUGCGGGGCGCGUCGUCGACGAAGCGCCGCGCGCCGACGUUCCGGCCUGCACCGGCGGAGGAGGCGCAGGGCGGGCUGAGCACGGUGAUGCUGGAGAUCCGGAGCGCGGCGGUGGACCCGGAGCGGCGGCUGAAGGCGAUUGCGGCGAACGAGAAGAACCGGGAGCGGGAGAUGUCGACGCGGACGGACGAGUUCCAGUCGGAGCUGAACGGGUUCGUGGCGGGGAAGAAGCUGCGGAUGACGGGCGGGGCGGAGGAGGUCGAGCGGGUGCGGAAGCGGCGGGACGAGCUCACGCUCAAGGCGAUGUUCACCGGCGGCAGCGGGGCGGCUGCCGCCGGUGCGGGGCCUCUCUCGCCGCUCGUUGGGUCGAGCUCGGGAUUGCCAUCUCCCAGGCCGACCUCGCCCUCAUUGCCUGAGCCGCCGGCGGGAGAGACGGGCGACGGCUCUGGAGCGAGCGAGCCGUUGUGA